AGCACUCUCACGAAUUAGUGAUGAGCUGUGGCUAGACCCUUCUGAGAAAGGUCUUGCUUUAAGAUCUGUGAAUUCUUGUCGGUCAGCAUAUGGAUGUGUCCUCUUCUCACCUGUGUUUUUUCAACAUUAUCAAUGGUCAACCUCGAUGAAAAUGAAUGAUAGUGACACAAUAUCGAAUUUAGAUUGCAAAUUGGGAAUGAAGUCAAUUCUGCCUAUCUUUAGAUGUCUGAAUUCCCUCGAAAGAAAUGUAGAGAAGUGCAAAAUAUUUACCAGAUCUGAUAAGUGCAAAGUAGUUAUUCAAUUCUUCUGCAGACAUGGUAUUAAAAGGAUUCAUAAUGUGUGUUUUCAAGAAAGUCGGCCUUUGCAAGUUAUUUUUGAAAAGAAUAUGUGUUCUAAUACACUAGUGAUUCAACCAAGAGUGCUUGCUGAGGCAAUUGUUCUUUUUACAUCGAGUCAAGAGGAAGUUACUCUUGCUGUUACUCCACUGAACGUUUGCAUUAAGAGUUCUAAUGAGGAAUCAAUGGAUUUGACCAAUUCUGUAUACAGUGAGAUGUUUGUUGGGCCAGAUGAGUUUGACUUCUUUCAAAUUGGAGUCAACACUGAAAUAACAUUUUGCUUCAAAGAACUGAAGGGAAUGCUGACAUUUUCAGAAGCUACACAUGCUCCUAUAGCCAUUCAUUUUGAUUUUCCUGGGAAACCCAUGGCUUUAAGUAUUGACGAUAUGUUAUUGGAAGCCAACUUUAUUUUGGCUACAUUAGCUGAUGAGCCAAGUAGAGCAUCUUCUCCACAAUCACUGUGUCUUUCACAAAAACGAAAAAGGUCAGAGCUGAUACAUUCAAAUUCAGAGGCUGGUAAAAAUGCAACCAGCAAGGACGCAGAGUAUAUCUCAAGAAAAGCAGUACCCAAAAGGCUUUAUUCUGAGACUCGCACGAACAUCUCUUCAUUAGAAAACUGUGGCAGCCCUUUAACGGAAAGAGAGAACAGAGACAUUAGUGAAGUACCAGAAAGCAGUGUCAGUGACACGGAGGAAGUGCCAAGAUCUUCAUACCUCAGGAAGUUUUCUUGCAUGUUCUUUGGAGCAGUUUCUUCUGACCAACGAGAACACUUCAACCACCCUUUCCACAGUCUGGCAACAGCAAGUGACAGUGAAGAGGACGUGAAUAAUGGCAGUUUUUCUACAUUCUAA